CCCUCUCCACGCUCCACCGCCUCCUGGGAAGGUCGCACGCGGAAGGUCCAGGUGGCCCCGGGAGGUGCUGGGCUAAGUCGCCCGGCAGCCGCGGACUCCGCUCCCGCGGGACGCGCCCCUCGCUCGCCCCACUCCAGGCACUGCGUACCCUAGCACGGGGGCGGAGCGGCUUCGGACAGUGGCUUUUCCUCCCGAGGGAACCUGCCGAGGGCGGCCCCGCGCUCCUUCCUGUCCCUCCCACCGCGGCCCGGGCUCGGCGGACGCUCGGCGCGGGGUCCCGGGCGCGGCCUGGGCGACUCUCGGCCGCUCCCACCCCGGCGAGUUCAAAAGGACGCGCGGCGCCUGUCCCUGCCCGCCCGUCGGACUGGAAAGAUCUGACCCUCCGAGAUAGUCUGCCCUCAGCCACGAUGAACAACCUACCGGCCACACCUUCUCCUGAAGAACUGAUGACCACGCCGGUUUUUCAGGCCCCUGAGACGAUGUCCCCACAAGCUGAAGAGGCCAGCACAGCACUCAUUGCAGUUGUUAUCACCGUGGUGUUCCUUACCCUGCUCUCAGUGGUGACCUUGAUCUUCUUUUACCUGUACAAGAAUAAAGGCAGCUACGUCACCUAUGAGCCUGCAGAAGGGGAGCCCAGCGCCAUCCUCCAGAUGGAGACUGACUCAGCCAAGGGCAAAGAGAAGGAAGAGUACUUCAUCUAAUGAGCCCCAGACUGGAGGGGCCAGUUCCUGGCUCCAACACUGAGACACUGCCUCUGUAGUUAGGGAAUGUAAAGUGGAAUUGAGUGAUACAGGCAAAUUCACUCACCUCCCAGGACACAGCCCCCAAUACCGGCAUCACUGACUCCAGGGUCCAGAGACACGGAGAGAGCUGCUCAUGACGCUGGGCCUUGGUAAGGACAGGACAAAAACUGGCCAACAAAGUGGGGCUGUGCCCGAGUUGGAAGUGAGGUCACAGGCUGGUUGAUGUCCCCUCCCUAGUUGCCUAGCAAUAACCCCAUGUGUAGCUAUCUAGUCUUCCUGGAGGCUGGAUACCACAAGAAGGGGUCAGGCCAGGGUGGAUAGGAGUCUGAGAAUGUUACUGUCUUUGUUUGAUCUGAGCCCCACCGUUCCCCCAACAGUCUUAAACUAACACUGUUUUUAUCCAAAUUAAACUUAUUAUAAAAGUAAGAUUUUCAUUUACAAGAA